AUUACAGUCAAGGGUCCGACCCACCUUAAAGAUACAAGCAUACAAGAAUCAACAAUUAAAGAUACAUAUAUACCUAUGUCAAGAUACAAAUAAACGACUUCUCAGUUGCCCCUGGAGCGCUGGCGGGCCACCCAGGUGCUGGCCUGGUUGGAGGUGUCCCUGGGCAUGCCCCAAUAUAGUGGCCGCUGUGCGGAGAACGUGAAGAGCGGGAAGGUUUUGCUGGAGCUGAACGACAUCGAGGCCGGUCUUGGCCUGGCCCAUCCCAUGCACCGCAAGAAGCUGCGUCUGGCCAUCGAGGAGCAGCGACGACCGGAACUAGUGCGGUAUCCACUCAUCACCCAAUUGGGCCACACCUGGGCGGCAUCCGAAUGGCUGCCGGACAUUGGAUUGCCGCAGUACGCGGAGCCGUUUCAGCAGUCCCUCGUCGAUGCUCGCAUGCUGGACACGCUGUCCAAGAAGGAGCUGGAGAAGUUUCUGGGUGUGACCCGAAAGUUCCAUCAGGCCAGCAUUGUGCAUGGCAUUCAUGUGUUGCGCAUCGUGAAGUACGACCGCCAGACGCUGGCCAUGAGGCGCGUGCAAUCCGAGACGGUGGACACGGACCCCAUUGUUUGGACAAAUCAGCCCUUCAUACGUUGGGUUCGAUCCAUCGACCUGGGCGAGUACGCCGAUUACCUGAAGGAUAGCGGCGUUCAUGGCGGACUCGUCGUGCUGGAGCCAUCCUUCUCGGGCGAUACUAUGGCCACGGCUCUGGGCAUUCCCCCAUCCAAGAACAUAAUACGACGACAUCUGAACAUGGAAUUCGAUGCCCUCAUUUUGCCAGCAAGAUACUUAAUUUACUGUCAAAUGGAAGAGUUUCAAAUGGAAAGCUCCCGUCAAUUGGCCAAAUUGCGAAACAACAGAAUGAUACAAAAUUAUUACAUACAAAAUCAAAUGGGUUUCAAAAUUGAACUGUUUAGCCAAGCUGAUGAUGGUGGUUAUAAUGAUAAUAGCUAUAGGGAGAGAACAAUAAUUGGAGCACAGCGCUAACCAUAUCGUCAUUACGUAUAGAUAGUUGAUAGACUCACAGAUGGAAGAUAUAUUCACACACCGAUUAGUACUACAUAUUAGUAUCCGUAUCCGUAUAGUAUCGUAUUCAUAGUUUAGUUAGUGCUUCGCUUUGCGCACAUUCGAUAUUGGAUAUUAACACUUACAGUACUCUCUCGGAGGAGGAGCUUAUGGAUGCAUUUGUUUAGGAUUAUUUGCUAAGUCGACCUAAGCAUUUAAUGUCCACGAUACAAGUAAUAGAAAAACAUACUACACAUAUAGUAGGUAGGGUUAAGGCUUUGCUUCAGUGUUCAGCGUAAUUAAGGAUUUAAGGACACACUCAUUUCGACACGAUCUAUCCUUUCACCUUCGCCACUAGCCUGGACAGAGUUGUUGUCCUCUGUGAUACAGCAUCGAAGAUGUUGGUCAACGCACAAAUUUGUACUUUCGAGACCAAACCACAUACAUACACAUAAACAUUAAACACAUACACAUACAAGAAUUUCGUGGCUAAAACUGUAGUUGUCAAACUGUGCUGGUGUGUUGCACAUUUUGGUGCGUUUUAGCGAGUUUGUACUGCGGUACUGCAAAAAAUAUCAGAGCUCAGAGAAUAGUUUAUUUGGUUGGAUCGCAGCGACCGCAGUCCGAGUCUCAAAUAAGUUUAUUUUAUUUAAGAAGUCUUCAUUUCGGUUGCGCUAUUUCGAAGUACAUACAUACAAUGUCAAUUGUAAGUAAAAAUUGCUUACUAAGUAGCUCUCUCUCUCACACACACAUACCCAAUCCAACCCCCCCACACAUACGGAAACGGCAACAUACUCAAAACAGCAAACUCGAAACCAAUCUUAUGUAUGUGUUAUCAAUGUUUUACGUAGCUUGAACUAGUCAAAUCGUUGUCAUCUUAAUACAAGUACUACAUACUACUGCUCGUACAAUACAUACUCCACUCCACUCAAAGUGCGAUUGGAAGGCUAAGUAAGGCUUUAAAAGACAAACAAAAACACACUCAACAUCGUAACUUGGCUGCUGUCUUGGUUUGUCUGGUUUGGUGUCUCUUGAUUUCUGUUUGCCAUUUUGCCAUUUGGACUUUCUUUUCGGGGGCUCUUUCUCUCACCAAUAGAUCUUUCUCUAUUGUUUGUUGUUUCCUGUUAUUUGCGCUAUAAGUAGUUAUUUCUGCUGAAAAAUAUAAACGAAAUACGAAUACAGCAACAAACAAAUACAUCUAUGUAUCUCUCAAUAUUGAUUAACCGAUUCUUGUCUUUGUACCGUUUCUUUUUUCUUAUUUCCUAUAUUUUUAUCCAUCUCCUGCUUUUCCUCCGUAACUUUCCAACCUUCAUUUGGAAACUGUAAUCGAAUCAACGGCUUGUUGUUGUUGAUGUCUCUGCUUGAUUGUAUAACACAAUUACUACCA